UGAGAGCACGCCGUACGGAAUUAUCAAAGUAUGGAAGGAAGGACUGUCCUGGGUUACGUUUUCCUCGGUUUUUUAACAUGUAGUUGUGCGUGGGAAUAUUACGAGAAGAGAAAUGGUUUCCAAAAUACCGUCGGCCAUUUAAAGCCCCGGACUUCUCCACAAGUCCAAGCGGAAGCAGCAGCUGACUUGAUUUCCCGAAUAAUUGGCAAGAAUUCCAAACUUUUCGCCGUCUCAAUCGAUUCUACGAUAGGGCCUGAGGGACGGGAUACUUUCAAGCUUUCGAAGAGCAAGCUCGGAAUAAUAGAUAUAACCGCAACCACCGGAGUAGCAGCAGCUUGGGGUUUCCACUUCUACCUGAAGCACUAUUGUAACGCCCACAUUGCGUGGGAGGGCAUGCAAGUAGAAUUACCCAAUACACUACCCGAAGUUAAUGUAACGGUGACAUCAAACGACAGAUUUCGUUAUUACCAAAAUGUGUGCACCGCUGGAUACAGUUCAGCAUGGUGGAGCUGGGAGCAGUGGGAGAAGAAUAUCGACUGGAUGGCCCUGAAUGGCAUCAAUUUGGCACUGGCAUUUCAUGGUGAGGAGGCGAUUUGGCAGAGAAUCUAUCUCGAAUUGAAUAUGACGAGGGAAGAGGUUGACGAGCACCUCGGAGGGCCGGCUUUUCUCCCCUGGACGAGAAUGGGAAACAUCAGGGGGUGGGGAGGACCCCUGCCGGCUUCUUGGCACGAGCACACUAUUUCUCUCCAGCACCAAAUACUGGAUAGGAUGAGGCAGCUUGGAAUUAUUCCCAUUCUUCCCGCUUUUGCUGGACACGUUCCAAGGGCUUUUGCUAGGAUUUUUCCAGAGGCCAAUAUGACGAAAAUCGGGAGUUGGAAUGGGUUUGAAGACCAGUACUGCUGCCCAUUAUUGGUGGAACCAACAGACCCCCUCUUCAGCCUAAUUGGCCAGAAGUUCUUACGCGCGUACAUAGAAGAAUUUGGAACUGAUCACGUCUAUAACUGCGACACUUUCAAUGAGAACGAGCCGUUGAACACUGGAUUGGAAUCCCUCAGGAACAUCGGACAGGCUGUGUUCGCUAGUAUGACCGGGGUUGAUCCGCAGGCGAUAUGGAUUAUGCAGGGCUGGCUUUUUGUCAACGCUAUGGAAUUUUGGACUGAGCCCAGAGUCGAGGCAUUCAUCACAUCGGUUCCAAUUGGUAAGAUGAUCGUGCUGGAUCUCCAAUCAGAACAGUUUCCACAAUAUUCGAGGCUGAAGUCCUAUUAUGGGCAGCCAUUCAUCUGGUGCAUGCUCCAGAAUUUUGGAGGAACAUUGGGAAUGUUCGGGUCAGCAGGAGUAAUUAACAAACGAAUUUUUGACGCAAGAAAUAUGAAAGGAAGUACAAUGAUCGGGACAGGCUUGACACCAGAGGGAAUAAACCAAAACUACGUGAUCUUCGAAUUUAUGAACGAAAUGGCUUACAGAAGUGAACCCGUUGAUCUCAACGCUUGGUUCGAAAACUACGCGACAAGGCGUUACGGCGCCUGGAACGAGUACGCGACGGAGGCCUGGCGUGUUUUGGGAAGAACUGUUUAUAAUUUUGUUGGCAUUGAAAGGAUUCGAGGACAUUACGUUCUCACGAGACGACCGAGUUUGAAUAUUAAAACUUGGAGUUGGUACGAUCCACAAGCAGUUUGGAACGCCUGGAGCACCUUCCUAAAAGCUCGUUACGGAAGAAUUAACAGUACCCUAUACAAUCACGAUCUAGUAGAUAUCACGAGACAAUCUAUUCAACUGCAAAUCGAUGAUACUUACGUCGACUUGAUGAGAGCGUACUCAAUGAAAAAUUUAACAAACUUCAGAAACCUCUCGAGAGACUUUCUGGAGCUUUUCGAUGAUGCUGAGCGCAUUCUCUCAACAAGUGAAAAUUUCCUCUUGGGGAAGUGGAUCGGGGAGGCAAGAUCACUGGGCACCACAGAGAUGGAGCGUCAAUUGUACGAGUACAAUGCUCGUAAUCAGAUAACAUUGUGGGGUCCGAAUGGUGAAAUUAGAGACUACGCGAAUAAACAGUGGUCUGGCAUUGUGUCGGAUUACUUCAAGCCGCGGUGGAUCAUAUUUUUGAAGGCACUGGAUGACUCGUUGACUCUUGGAAAGAAAUUCAAUGGAACUCUCAUUAAUCAGAGGAUGUUUGAUGAAGUUGAAAAGCCGUUUACGUUUGCAAGAAAGCAUUAUCCUAGCGAAUCAAAAGGUGACGCAAUCUCCGUUGCCCUUUCACUAAGGAAAAAAUGGAGUCAAUCCGAGAGAUUAUGCCCAAAUAAACGGCGAAGAAAUGCGAAAUUACGAGGAUGACUGAAUUAUUAUUCCACUUACCUGACUUCGAAGGAGAAAUGAACCAUAAUGUAAAAGUGAUGAACAUCAAGGAAUAAUUUACACUUAAAAAGAAGAAAGAAUAGCAAUGAUUUAAGAUGGGAAAAUUUUUAGAAGAAUUAUUAUUAAAUAUCCAUUGCAUUACAAUUUUCAAUUACAAUAAGAAAUCUUUUUAUAAGUUACAUAGGAAUUAAAAUAACCACUUCUAUUGUGAGCUUUCGA